CAUUUUCAAACGAACUUCGUAUUGGGUAACCAGAAACAAUUAAAAACUAUAUAUAUAAACAUCAUAUAUCUCGUCAGUAUCUAAAUCCCUCGGUGUCUCUCACACCAUCAAUCCCAACGAAAAACCAUCCAAAACAAUGUACUCAGCAUCGUCUGUAAUAAAACGCCUCAUUUUGAUCCACGUAUUUGCCAUACAACUACUUCCGACAAACAGCGACUUGUCCUUAAACACGACCAAUGAGUAUCUCAACCACAAAUGCUUGGUUAAUCAAGGAAAAUACAAGCCGGGAAGUGAGUACGAGGACCGUUUAAAAAGAACCAUCAAAAUGAUCUAUUCAGGCAGUAACAAAGGUUAUGACGGGAUCGGCGAUCCCACUUUUUCCGCUAUCCUCCAGUGCCGCGGCGACUCCUACGGGCCCAAGUGCCAUGACUGCUUUGCCACUGCACUCUCUGCGCUUGGUAGGCGAUGUCCUUGGUACAAGGGGAGGAUAAUAUGGUAUGAUCAGUGUCUUCUCGCGAUUUCAACCUUCAAUACUAUUGGGAAGAUCGAUUACGACAAUAACUUUUGUAUGUCCAACGCGAAGAAGGUGGGAGGAGAUAUAGGCUCGUUUAUAAUUGCUUGGAAUAAUCUUAUUCAAGAUCUGACGACUUUUGCCACCAGUGGAGAUAAUUACACACUGUACUCUGUGGGAGAGACUCGGUACAAGGGUGAUAUGCUGUAUGGAAUGGUGCAGUGUACGAAAGGCUUAUCGCCAAAAGCUUGUGAGGAGUGUGUGUCGUUUAAUAGCUUGCAUUUUCAAGAUUGCCUGAAUACUAGACGAGGAGGGAGAGUUGUAGGUUUGAGCUGUAAUUUUAGGCUUGAGUUUUACCCGUUUAUUGCCGAGCCCGUCCGGAAUAUUUAAUGAGCUAAAGAAAUAUUUAACUUUUUGCUUUCUUUUUUUUACAAUCAAAAGUUUAUGUAAAAUCGAGUGCUACUUUACUCUUUUGAAUGAAUGUUUAAAGAAUAAAACAACAAAUUAGUGACAAAUAAAAGAAUAGUUUCCUA